AUGGUCAAGGUGCUCAUGGUCAAGGUGCUCAUGGUCAAGGUGGUCACUCUCAAGGUGCUCAAGGUGGUCAUGAAGUCCAGGUGGUCACAGGGUCAAGGUGGUCACGAAGUCCAGGUGGUCGUGGUCAAGGUGGUCAUGGUCAAGGUGGUCAUAGGGUCAAGGUGGUCAUGGUCGAGGUGGCCCCCAGGUGCAGUUCCCGAGGAGGACGAGUCGCGGAUCAUCGGGGGCCGGCCCUGCUCCGUGGCCCAGCUUCCCGAGGAGGACGAGUCGCGGAUCAUCGGGGGCCGGCCCUGCUCCGUGGCCCAGCGCCCGUUCCAGGUGGCGCUGAUCAAGCGGGGGCAGAUCCUGUGCGGGGGCAGCCUCGUGGCCGCCCAAUGGGUGCUGACGGCCGCGCACUGCAAGCAGCCAAUCAGGGACCUGCAGGUGCUGAUCGGCACCAACACGCUCCGGGCAGGUACGGGCCAGGUGCGCCGCGUCUCGCGCCUCCAGGUGCACCCCGGCUACAACCCCCGGCGCAACGACAACGACUUCAUGCUGCUGCACCUGGACGCACCUGUGCGCUUCGGGCCCCGCGUCAAGAAAAUCCGCCCCGCGCCCAGGGGCCCCCGGGCGGGGCAGAACUGCAGCAUCUCCGGGUGGGGCACCACCAAAUCACCUGGAGCCAAGCUGCCGCGGGACCUGCAGUGCGCGCAGGUGCAGACCUUCGGGCCCGAGCAGUGCGCCCGCGCCUACGGCAGCGCCGUCACCCGCAACAUGUUCUGCGCAGGUGUGCCCCAGGGCGGAGUCGACUCCUGCCAGGGUGACUCAGGUGGGCCGCUGGUGUGCGGGGGGUACCUGCAGGGCGUGGUCUCCUGGGGCCUGGCCGUGUGCGGGCAGCGCGGGAACCCCGGCGUCUACAGCAACGUCUGCCGGGCCACGCCCUGGAUCCGCCGCGUCAUCGGCGCCGGCCAAUGA